AUGGCCAAAAAGGGGACCAAGGAAAAGAGGGUGAAGGAUCCUAAAGGCAUCCCCCUUGCCCAGCCUGAUCGGUCAGCUCCCAGCGAAGCCACUUUGCUGCAGAUGGCCCAAGACCGAGGUCUUUUCAAGCAGGCCGACAAAGACCCGCGGAAUAAGAAUUUGCCCAAGGGUGCCGUCCGAAUUGACAGGCCGGGUAGCGAGGAUAGUGACGAUGAUGAGGACGACGAAGAGGCCUUGUUGUCUCCCUUGAUGGAUCGUAUCAUGGAUACACUGCUCUGGACUGUAAGUCUUGCCAUGGUACACGGCACCCUCGACGUACUCGUCCAGAACCAGUAUGCCAAGGAGAUCGAAUGGCUCAACGUCUUCAGCCGUACCCUCAUUGCGUUGAUGGUGCUCUUCUUCCUCUUCUAUAAUCUCCAUGCUUUCCCGUCCAGUCCAAACCUUAUUCCGGGACUGCCGGCUCGUUACCAGCAUCCCAUUCGACAGGCCAUCUUCUUCGUGGCCGGAGUGUGGGCUGGAUGCCAUCUGAUUUACAUCACCAACACGUUCAGUUAUCUGUAUAUCAUGAAACAGGCGCCAACUCUGGGAUGUGUGUGGAUUUGGUCCGUCUUGGAGCUUGACCUUCCCGUGGCGGUGGCCAGCCUGGCGGUGGCAGGUGCUUAUUUGCUGCAAGGAGGGUAUUCCAUUAAAUAG